GGUUGCGGAACCCCUGACCCCCUGUCUGGACAGUGCUGAUUGGCCCUGUGCUGAUCACAUGCACUCUCCCAAAAAAAGAAAAAACCUCUCUAGCAAUAGACACCAAACUUAGCAUGUGCAGCUGCCCCCAAGGCUCUAUUCUAUCAGCAGAUGGAUUGGGGACUGUGGAAGAGGGGCGGGGGGAUCAGAGGAGACAGAAUCAAACAGACUUUUUACACAAUGCAGAGGAUUAACCCCUUAAGUUCCACAGUGAGUAUAACAAGCAUGCUUUACUGCAUACACAGACUGAUAUUACUGUUGUGGGUUUAG